AUGCAGACCCCUCAAGCCGUCGCAAUCUUCCCCCGUAACAAGAAAACCGGCCCAAGACAGUCUCCGGUCUUUCUCACCCGUCACGACCUCGUCAAGCUCUUCCCCUUCAAGCUCGAAGAAGCCGCCGAAAGCCUGGGCUUGUCGCUGACGGCCUUGAGGAACGCAUGUCGAAAGCUUGGCAUCUACCGAUGGCCGUAUGCCAGAGCAGGAGGGGCCUCGAUCACAGGCUCGCGGGAGCAUCAAACGACCAGUAGCGCAGAGCACGCUGACUUCUCCGACGACAUCAUGCAAGCGGAGGCGUCAGCGUCAGGCGGUGGGAGCAGCCACGAGGGCGUCGUGACGAGUCAUCAGGACGAGACGGCGUCAAGUCAGGAGGAUCAAGUCGGAGCCGAUCCGCAUGAGGCGAGCGAAGGAGAUGUACGAUCGAUGGAAGAAGGGAAGGAGCGGAGGUUCAUAGAGUGGUACGCGAACCAAAAGGACGAGGACGAAGAGAGCGUAUUCUACGAGCCUGAGAGGGAGACUCGUUGGACUCAAUAUGAUGCGAUCUCGAAUAUCUCAUCAUCUGUUUCAUACCUACCCGCCUUUUGA